AUGAUUGCAGUGUUUAUACGAAACGGGUACAAUGAGGAAACCCUUAAGCUGUAUCGAGAGAUGCUUUCAGCAGGAAUCAGGCCGGAUUCCAAAACCUUUGCCACUGUUAUCCAAGCCUGUGCUAACUUGGGUGAUGUGGGAAUGGGUAUGGAGUUCCAUGAGAAGAUAAUAACAAGCGAGCUUCAUUUUGAUCGUGUUGUGGUCAAUGCCUUGAUCGUUAUGUAUGCAAAAUGUUUAAGCAUUCGGAAAGCUCGUGAAUUGUUUGAUAAAAUGCGUAACCGAGACGUCGUUUCUUGGACAGCAAUGAUUGCAGGAUAUGCCCAGAAUGGACUUAUAGAUAUGGAGCUUAAACUCUUUGAGGAAAUGCCUCAGCGAAACGUGAUUUCAGGUUAUGUGCAGAAUGGUUUGGUUGAUGACGCCAUGAAGCUCUUUAAGAAAAUGCCUCAACAAACCAUGCUCUCCUGGAAUACCAUGAUUACAGGAUUUGCACAGACCGGGCUUGUCAAUGAGGCCCUCAAUUUCUUCAAGGAGAUGCCCCAGUGGAAUGUGGUUUCAUGGAAUGCCAUGAUUGCUGGAUUUGCACAGAAUGGGCAUGGUGAAGAGGCCUUGAAUCUUUUCCAAGACAUGCAAUCAGCAGAACUAAACCCUGACUCAAUGAGCUUCAGCUGUAUUCUCUCGGUAUGCGCUAACUUUGCAGCUCUGGGGCAGGGUAUGGAGAUUCAUGAAAAUAUAGUUAGAAAUAGGUUUCAGUAUGAUGUUACUGUGGUGAAUGCCUUGAUAGACAUGUAUGCAAAAUGCGGGAGCAUACAAAAGGCAUGGGAGUUAUUUGAUAAGAUGCAUCAACGAAAUGUUAUCUCAUGGACAGCCAUGAUUGGAGGCUAUGCGAUGCAUGGCCACACCAGGGAAUUCCUCAAACUCUUUUAA